GUGGAAAUGAGGAAAAGAAGAACAGCUUUCGAAGAAAACAAAGAGUAAACGAAGAAAAGUCGUUUACUCGUUUCCGUUUCCAGAGUUUUUAGAGAGAAACAGCAAAAAAAUUGGAAUUAAAAAAAGACCAAAGCCUUGUACGACAAAUUCAGAUCUGCAGGUUUGCUUCAUUGCAGUCAAAAUUCCAAAUUCUACAAGAAAUGAAAUGAAACGAAACGAUCCGCGUCGUUUCCGGGAAUGAGCAAAUUGCAUUGAAAUUUUUGAAUAUUUGCAGCAGCCAUCAGGUAAGCGAGAGCGAGAGCAGCAAUGGAGUCAGAAACGGCGUCGUCGACGGAUGAACAGCAAGCGGCUGGUUCAGCAGCUGAUACUAGAGGCAAACAUCGGAUUCUUGCCCAACUCAAGCGUGUCGAACAAGAAUCUAAGUUCCUCGAGGAAGAGAUGGAAGAACUUGAGAAAACAGAUAACGUGUCAACCUUGUGCAAGGAAUUGCUGCUUAGCAUGGAGACCAGACCUGAUCCACUACUUCCAUUAACAAAUGGUCCCAUAAACCCAUCAUGGGAUGUAUGGUUUGAAGGGCCUCAAACAUCACAAGGUUGCAGAUGCCAGAUUCUGUGAUUUGAAGGCAAUCUAACAUUUGUUUUGUUGCCAAGAUAUGUUAUAUAACAUACAUGUUUAACAUUUUACAUCUCUCAAUUGUUAACAAAUAUUCAAUUCACUCAUGUCCACAUUGUGCAAUACCAAAAUUUUGGGAUGGCUCAAACUGAAAUGUAAAAUUUACACUCUUUUUUAUUUAAUGUUGAGAUGAAAUUUGUAUA